AUGAAUAAGCAAAUCGCGGCCGGCCGCAAGCCCGCCGGCCCUUUGCCCGAAGGAGCGCCUGGUGCGGGGGACACCUCGUUCGAAGCCCCGCGCGAUGUCCCUACCUGCGGACGCCGUCAUGCCGACCGGGUUGCCUCAUCCCGCGUCAACGACGAUGCUGCCUUCGAUGACGAUGAUGACGCCGCGGACUCCGAUUACAACAAGUGCGACGAGGCCUGCGAAGACGACGCGGACUCUGGCGAGGAGCAGGACAAGGGCAUGUCCCCUUCCGAGGAUGAAGUUGACGCCGACGAGGACGCCGAUGCCGACGAGGACGCUCCCGAAGAGGCCCAGCCUGCGUCCCCGGCUCCUCGUCGCGGCCGUGCGUCUGCCGCUGCGGGAACCAAGACUGCUGCUAAGGGCGGGGAACCUCCGCGUGCCGCUGCCAAGACCCGUAACUUGCAUCCUGUUAAGCGGAGCGUGUGGUCCCCCCGCGAGAACACAAUCUUCGUGGCUGCGCGUUGGUUCAUGAAGGACGAGCUCGGGCCCCUCCUCGGGAAGCAGGGCUCUCAGUACUGGGCCCGCCUCGCGCGUCACCUCGAGAAGGAGAAUCCCGGUUGGGUGCGCGGUGUAAACGUGCUUCAAAAGCAGUGGCGCAAUCUUGUGAACAUGUACAAGCAGAUCAAGAAGGGGGAAAAGGCGAGCCGUGUGCAAGCCCCACUGGGAACUCCUACAUCGAAGCGCCCACGUGUGGCAGAGACGACGACGAUGGCCGCUGCAAAGCUGGUGUGCGAGACGAUCAAAGGCUGCCACUCAGACGCCAUGAGCAGGCUCGAAGGCCUCGUCCGCGCGUGGAUGGAUCAGGACGCGCGUAUUGCUCGGGAACGCGUGCAGCAGCCCGCACCCUCCCCGCAUGUCCGCGACGACAUCCCUGCCCACGCGGACAACAUGUACGGCCCGCACGCCGCCGAAGGCGGCGACGACGGCUGGCUUCGUCGCGGGCAGGCGGGCGAAGACCCCUCUAACCUAGAUGCGGGUGAGGAGGUGUGGGUCCGCGGCGCCGCUGAGUGA